CACUCUAAUUAAAUCUGAACUGCACCACCACCGUCCCCUUUUCUUCCCUAUCUCUCCUCUCACAUCCAACCAUAUCUCUCCCUCUACCUCUGCUCCCAAUCUGACGUUCUACCAUGCGGAUCCGCCGGCGAGCCUCGUCCUCGCUUCCUCUUUCUCCAGAUCCAUCACACCCAUCUCAAAAUGGGAGUCUUGGUGUCCAAGACAGUAAAGCUGCAGAAAGGGAAAAGUUGCACCCAGUUGGGGAUGGCCAUCAUUAUGAUUUAGGGGCGGUUCGUUCCAAUGGAGGAUCUACUCCCUGUCCGAAUCCAUGCUCAGAUGUGCUUAGCCGCCGCCGCAGUGACAGCAGCAGUAGCAACACUAGUGUGCAGCGGCCUCUGAAGGAGGAGGAGGAGGAAGAAGAAGAAGAAGAGGAGGAGGAGGAGGAGGAGGAUGAGCUUAAAAGAGGGAAAGACGAGAUCAAUAGCGGCAAGAUGAUGGGUGGCAGCUCAGUUGCAGUAGAUCAUGGUAAUGGGACAGAAAGAGGAAAGGUAUCGGACGAGAGAAAGGCUAAGGGCAAGGCGAAGGCGAGAGCAGGCGCUGGCCCUGCUUCUGCGAGCCAUAGUUGCACAAUUGUUGAUUAUGAGGAUACAGAUAAAGGGCCGAAUUUGAACGGCAAGAAGCGACCUCGGAGGAGCCCGGCGAUUCUGAUGGAGGGUUCCCGGUGCAGCCGCGUGAAUGGAAGGGGGUGGCGUUGCUGCCAGCAGACCCUCGUCGGCUACUCCCUCUGUGAGCACCAUCUCGGGAAAGGACGCCUCAGGAGCAUGAGCACUUCUGCAAGAGGCCAAUUGGGAACCAGUAAGCCUAGAUGGAGCAACAUCGAAGCAAGAAACGGUACUACUUUGCCACGCCAUCAAAAGGAGGAAUUAGAGGAAAUGAUGCAAACGCUUCAGCAGUCUUCUGAUGAUCCCAGUAAUAAUAUUGUCACUGAUAGUAAUGGGGCUGACAAGAUAAAAGAAGAAGAGGAGGGUGAGGUGGAGAUGGCGAGGAACAAGAGGAAGAAGAUAGGAAUGGUGAAGGCUCGAACAAUCAGUAGUUUGCUCGACUACUCUGAUCACUCAAUUUUAUCGCAUGUCCAGGAAGUUGCAUUUCUGCCUCCAACUAAUGGCAUUGGCAACCAGUGAGUUGAUAAAAAUAAUUGAUUAGCAUUGUCUUCACAUUCUGUUUUAUCGUUCAUGAACUUGUUCCACUGGAUUGUGAGAGUUAUAUUUGUUUUGUAUCGGGGAUGGCUGGUUAGUGCAAGCCUUAUAGAAUUCGUUCAUUAACUUGUUCAACUGGACCAUCUGCUGGAGAAAUUCAUCUUCGAAAUCCUAAUUUUUGCGUGGUCCUUUUCUUGGGUUGCAUUGCACCAUGCCAUAGAUGCUCCUAAGUUUGUAUAUGCUGAUCAUUUAAGACCUCUCCACUAAAGCCAAGUCUUUGAAGUGUAUGAGGCGUGAAGCCUUCAGAGCUACAUACGUGGGAAGUGAUGAUGCCUCUACAUCAAGUUUUUUCUUCCACCAAGGUCUAAAAUUCUAUUUCUACUCUUUACUAUUUGAUGCAGAUCUUGUAGGGAACUUAUGUUUAUGGCUUAAAAUUGUGAUAUUGUCAUUUAUUAUUAUUAUCAAUGCCAAGUUUUAAAGAUUCUAGAUUCAAUUGUUGCAUGUUGAUGCUUAGACUAAACGAUCAAAAUUGUCAGAAACUGUUUUAUUAUGCUAUAUGUUAAUAUGAUCUAAAAACUGUGAAGUAUGAUGAGCCUUCUGAGUCAGUAACAGUUUUCUGAUGCAUGUCCUUUGAGUUUAGAAAGACCUGGCUUUCUGAUGCAGAGCUACAGGAUUUAGUUGCGUUAAAAAACUUUAAUUCUCUUCAGCCUAGCAUAUGGAAUUUCUUUUCCGAGAGAAAGAACCCUGGUUCAUGUUCUGUCGACUGUUACUUUUUCAUUUUUCCACGUUGACUUUUGUUUUUAUAAAUGUUUAGAUGCACUGACAAUGAGUUCUAAAGCUAUUGGCCUAGGUAUGCCUAUAGUAUAUCUAUUACAUUUGUCUGCCAAUAAUGAAUUAACUCCUUGAUGCUUUACAAAUGUAUUUUAUUUAGUUGAUUUUAGCAUAUAU